GAAGAGGUCUGCCAAUGAGUAUUUACCAUCUCCAGCUCUUGGAUCGACACAGAACCAGGAAUAUCGAGUUAUGUCGUGUAAUUUCAUUUGCUACCUAAGACCCGCUAAAACACCAUCGGAAGUGCAGCGUGCCCAGGAAUUUACCAGUAGUAGUAACGUCACUUUACGGAUCUUGGAUUGUAUCAUCCAUAGUGCGGAAUACCCAGCAGCGAAUACUGCCGUGCCAGUUUCAACCAUUUGUAUGUCUCAUUACACCGGCCUUCUCAUACACGUAAUCUUAAAACUGGAUUUACACAAUGAAACGGGAACACGUGGUGAAUCGCGUGCAGUGACACUGAGCGAAAAUGUUGGCGUUGCGGUUGCCGAAGUCAUGCGUUCUCAUGAGGCUUCGGAAGAUAGGCCUACAGCCAGACUGUAUUUUACGUUGGAUUUGCCGUUGUUUGAACUGCGAUCAUCCGAUUUCCUGGGCAUGAAGUUGUGGUUACGUUACCUGUCCAUCGACGGUGCCUACUUGCAAUUCAUAGAUAUUGAUUUUUUGCACACAUUAACACUUGAUUAUUUUGUACUAGACGGAUGCAAUCGUGUCGGUCAUCGUCUUGAAGAAGCUCCCCGUCCUCUGACGCUGACUGGUUCACAACCGAGAGAGUGCGUUGUGAUCUGGAACUACCUCUGCUCUAACGCUACAUCGCUUUAUUUAUGGGCCGAUAUGAAAACACAGUGGAGUUAUUGUGGCAACUUGCAAACAAGAACCCGUAACCAGUCAGCAUCGACACACUUCCGUUCACGCACAGUGCGAUCCGCCAUUCGCAGGCAACAUCGAAGCGGGGCUAUGGAGCGUAAGUUCAUAUAUCCGGAUACCUUCCUUCAACUGCAACGGCAGUGGCUCUUAACCUCACAGUUGUACAUGGAGAAACUGACCAGGGAAAGUGAAAGAUAUGAGGUUGUGGUAAGAAGUAAUGUGACAUGGUAUCAAUCGACCAUAGUUGUGAUCAUACUGGUUCUCUCUUUCGUCACUCUUCCUCUGAGUUGUACCGUGCUGUUCAUGUGGAUUCUACUGUCCAAGAGAACGUUCGGUAAGCUAAAGAUGGUGUAAGAAAACGGUAAGGAAUGCGGUCAAUGUAGAAGUGACCCUAGUGUGUAUAUUGAAGAACCAAUUUUACCCUGUCUGAUGUACCAAAUUUUAUUCUACCUCAUACCUGUGAUUCAAUGUAUAUUUAACCAUCGGCCAGAG